GGACGAAGCUCAAUGGCCCGCCGACUUGCGAAGGAGCUUGCCGAGUUCAACAAGAACUCGCCCGACUGGUGCACCGUGGGCACGGUCGACGACGACCUCUUGCACUGGAACGCUAUGGUCGUCGGCCCCGACAACUCGCCGUAUGCGGGCGGCGUCUUCAGCAUCGACCUGCUCUUUCCCGCCGAGUACCCGUUCAAGGCGCCCAAGGUCAAGUUCCUCACGCGCGUGUACCACCCCAACGUCAAGUCGCAGAGCGGCGAAAUUUGCGCGGACGUUAUCAACGAGAACUGGGGCCCGACGUUGAACGUCAUGUUUUGCCUCACGGCGCUCAAGCAGAUUCUCGAGCAGCCGGACGGUGACAACCCGCUCGAGCCCGAGAUUGCCAAGCAGCUGCAGUGCAACCGAGACGCGUUCAACGAGACGGCCAAGAAGUGGACAAAGGACUUUGCCUCGUAGCUGCGACUUGCUGCUCUCUAUCCCUAGUCUAUGCAUCCAUUCUUUGAUUGCAUCCCGUCGACGGCGCGACGUGUGUUAAUAUACACAGUUGCAGUCGCUU